AUGUCGGACAAGCCGCAAGCCCCUCCCACGGCUUACCCAGCCUCAGAGCUGGAGCCCCAAAAUCAAGAAGGCGGCAAGGGGCUCGAUUCAAAGAUGACCCCGAGCGCCAACUGGACACAGCUUGAGUAUUGGGACGACGAAGGCAAGGCUCCGUACCUGAAGGAGUACGAAGGCCGGGGACUGCUCAAGGAUAAAGCAGUCAUCAUCACCGGCGGAGACAGCGGCAUAGGCAGGGCAGUCGCCGUCCUGAUGGCACGUGAGGGCGCCGACGUGACAUUCGUCUACCUGCCAGAGGAAGAAGAAGACGCGCAAUGGACGAAAGCCGCGAUCGAGAAAGCCGGCCGUCAAGCGCAGCCUCUCGCUCUCGACGUCACCAAGGAAGAAAACUGCAAGAAGAUCAUCGACGCUCACAUGUCCAAGUUUGGCAAGCUCUCGGUGCUGGUCAACAAUGCCGCCAUGCAGGAGAUGUGCGAAGACAUCAGCAAUAUCGACCUGGCCGUCACCGAGAAGACCUUCCGCACCAAUAUCCUCGCCAUGUUUGCCAUGGCCAAGUACGCCGUGCCGCACAUGAAACGGGGGUCGUCCAUUCUGAAUUCCAGCUCCGUCGCGGCAUAUAUGAGCAAUCCCACGCUACUGGACUAUGCCUCGACAAAGGGCUCGAUCGUCACAUUUACAAGGGGCCUGGCCCAGCAGUUGGCGCCUAAAGGAAUCAGGGUCAAUUCUGUUGCGCCCGGUAUCAUCUGGACCCCCCUUCAGCCUGCGACGAAAGGCAACCCGUCCGAGGCGAUGAGCGCCCUGGGUGUCGCACAAGCCCCCUUGCAACGGCCCGGCAUGCCUGUCGAGGUGGCUACAGCGUAUGUGCACCUAGCGUCACCUCUGGGGAGCUAUUGCACGGGGGAGACCAUUCAUGUUACUGGAGGACUGGAGAUGCAGGGUUGA